UGAUGCCUAGCUUCUCCCACGCUCACGCACUCAAACAGAACGACACUCUUAGUCCGCGCGGGGUCAAAUUGGGAUCAGAAGCUUGGGCGAAGUUGCUGCGGGCCCUUCGGUGUGCAUCAGCUGCCCAACCCGCCCUCGCCACUGAUGAUCCCCCCCCCCGUCCCUACUCUCUUACUCGCUUCCUCCCAACCGUCCAAAAUGAGGCUUCAUUUGGAAUCUCCUCCAUCUUGUGCUCGAUGAGCACAAUCUUACACUGCCAAAGAGAUAUAGUCGGUCCCCCUUUCCUCCUCCUGUGCAAUCUCUUUCUCUCGUCGCUCAGCCUCUUCGGAACUCCUUGCAUGCCCAUGUACAUGUACAUGCAACUUCAUACAGAUGCAUAUGUAGGUACAUAUACAUGAACGCCCCGCAUCACUCUCCGCCUGCAAGAGCGGGAGCAUAUUUGCGCAAAAAGCACCUCUGCCAACUCGGCGAGGUCACUUCCUCUUCUUUUUCUUGGGAAAGAAACAAAAAAGCAAAAACGGCGAUAUGCAGGGGUACUUGUGCUAUAUAUAUGUAGCUAAGUACUUGGUUACACAUAUGACUACGCAUAUCUACAUUUCUACCUGCCCAUGUCCAAAGAGGAGGGGUGACGGUUCAGGUCAUCCUAGGGUUUGGUAGCACGGCAGAUGUGCAUAUACACAUAUACAUACAUACGUGCAUACAUACAUAUCUGCUCACGCCCAAGCUUGCCCCCCUCCUCUCUCCCCCUAUCAUCAGCACAUGGCAUUCGGCAGCUCGAGUCGACCCUUUGCCGCCCCUUACUUGGAUGCCUA